AUGAGAGUAUUCGUUACUGGAGCUACAGAAUUCAUAGGAUCGUACGUUGUUGAAGAAAUGCAACAAGAGAAGCGACAUGAAAUCUCGGGUUUAGCUAGAUCCGAUAUUGCGGCCAAAAAGCUCACAAAACAAGGAAUCAAAGUUGUUCGAGGAUCUUUAAAAGAUCUCGAUAUCCUUCACAAAGCUGCAAAAGAAUCGGAUGGAGUAAUUCAUCUAGGGUAUGUACAUGAUUUUGUCGACGAAAAUGCCAUUCGAGAGAUGUGUUCAGCCCUUGAAGGAACCAAUAAACCAUUUAUUGGAACUUCGGAAUUACUAGGUGUGGGAGGUUCAGGUACUACGUCCCUUGAGACAGAUCGAGCGGCGACGUUCAGACAAAACGCUGAAGACCUGCUUCACUCUUUUGCUAAUAAGGGAGUGAGAACCGUCGUCAUCCGAGCUAGUCCCAUUGUACAUGGAAACGGUGAUCACAUGUUAUUACCACUUCUCAUUGACAAAGCUAAACAAAAAGGUUACGCGGGGUAUUUAGGUGAAGGUUCAAAUCAUUGGACGGGUGUACACGUAAAGGAUUUAGCUGUUUUAUAUAGAUUAACUCUAGAGAAGGAAAAUGUCAAAGGUGGAUCGACAUUACAUGGUGUAGAUAGGGAUGACGAAGGUAUAACGAUGAAAGAAUUAGCUACAAGUAUCUCAAAACACCUCAAUAUCCCUUUGAAGAGCUUGAACGAUGAAGAAGGCCAAGGAGUACUUUGGGUGGCUGUAUUGGUUUAUGACUCAGGAUUCUAG